CUUUAAUGAAGCGCGUAAAGUUGAGUUUUCCGACCGUCCUGGAGGGUCCCUGAAGGCGCAGGUCUCAGCUGGUCUGGACUCUGAAGCGGGUCGACGUCAACAGGACGGUUCCGUCAGUCCCUCCCUGCCCUCAGAGGAGCGGCAGAGGCGGCGCUCGCGCCUCCAAUCAUCCCCGAAACUCCAUGGAUCCGCGCGUAAAGACGCACCGGCUUCGGGUCUCCGUCUGAAAAGGGACUUCGAGCCUUUCCAAAGUCAACAUGUACCCGCGGAAAAGCAUCAUCCCGGAGGAGUUCGGGCUGCCGGGGCUCGUCUCCCGCAUGCCCCGCAAGCCGGUGUUCAGGGACCGCGUGAACAAGGCGCGCUUCAUCGCCAAAAACGGCUCCUGCAACUUGGCGCACAAGAACAUCCGCGAGCAGGGCCGGUUCCUGCAGGACGUCUUCACCACGCUGGUGGACCUGAAGUGGCGCUUCACCCUCGUCAUCUUCACCACCACCUUCGUGAGCAGCUGGCUGCUGUUCGCCAUGAGCUGGUGGCUGGUGGCGUUCGCGCACGGAGACCUGGACCCGGGCGUGAAGAACCCGGCCUACUGCGUCACAGACGUCAAGUCUUUUUCUUCAGCCUUCCUGUUCUCCAUCGAGGUUCAGGUCACCAUCGGCUUCGGCGGACGCAUGAUAACAGAGGAGUGUCCGACCGCCAUCACCGUCCUCAUCCUGCAGAACAUCGUGGGCCUCAUCAUCAAUGCCGUCAUGCUGGGUUGUAUCUUCAUGAAGACCGCUCAGUCCAACCGUCGCGCCGAGACGCUGAUCUUCAGCCGCCACGCUGUGAUCGCCGUCAGGAACAACCGUCUGUGUUUCAUGAUCCGGAUUGGAGAUCUGAGGAAGAGCAUGAUCAUCGGAGCAACCGUCAGGCUGCAGGUCGUGAGGAAGACGACCACCCCAGAAGGAGAGGUGAUCCCCAUCCAUCAGAUCGACGUGCAGACAGAGAGUGCCGUGGCCAGCAACAGCUUGUUCCUCCUGGCGCCGCUCAUCAUCUGCCACGUCAUCGACAAAAACAGCCCACUCUAUGACCUGUCGGCCAUGGAGCUGCAGUGCAGCGACCUGGAGGUGAUCGUCAUCCUGGAGGGGGUCGUGGAGACCACCGGGAUCACCACGCAGGCCCGGACCUCCUACAUCUCCGAGGAGAUACAGUGGGGUCAUCGCUUUGUUCCCAUAGUAACAGAGGAGGAGGGUGUGUACUCGGUGGACUACUCCAAAUUUGGGAACACAGUGAAGGUGGCGACUCCGCCCUGCAGCGCCCGGGAGCUGGACGAGAAGCCGUCCAUCCUGAUCCAAACCCUCCAGAAGAGCGAGCUGUCGCACCAGAACUCUCUGAGGAAGCGGAACUCCAUGCGGCGCAACAACUCCAUGAGGAAAGGAGGGAACCUGCACAGGAACAACUCCGGCCUGGCUCCGCCCAAAGUCCAGUUUUUUGCCCCCAACGAUGGGGGCCAGAACCUGAACGCCGUCACCUGACACAAGCCCCGCCCGCCGCCGGCCGCCCUGCUCCUCUACCUGGGGAGGAGGACCGUGUCCGUUUCUCUGAUGGGACUCUUUCUUUGGCACGUCUUACGUCGACAUUAACGUGUUUACCGCUAACCUUCUGUUGUCACGCUGACCAUGAACCACAGAAACGUCAAUCGUAUCUUUCCUCAACACAUUUCGGGCAUUGUUCUUCAGAUCACGAGAACAGACGACGAAGGAACAUCCAGUCUUCAUGCGCCCACGACGGCUCCAAAAACAUCUGUUUUCAUGAAGGUUACGAACCAACUCUUUUACCGUUUCUGCGCAUCAACAUGACAUGUCUGUUUAUCACGUAUCCAUGGAGACGAGUCCUUGUUUUGCUGCUUGAAAAGGAGGCGAGAUGUUUUUCCCGUAGGUCAUUCUGUAGCUACGAAUCAUGACGUCAUUUCCUGUACGGUUGUGCGUUCUUGUGGAUUAAAAGCUCUCACUUCAAAUUAAAA